AUGCCCUACCCUGAGAGGCCCCUAAUGUGCAAUAAUAUGAGUGAAGUGGAGCACAACUGUUCAAAUAGCUGUCCGGCCACUUGCGAGGAUCCGGGCAAACCUGUCUGUCGUAACAAUUACUGUUGGAGGGGUUGUGAGUGCAGACCCGGGUAUGUGAAGGAACACCAGAACUGGACCUGUAUUCCCGUUGAACUCUGUCCGAAGUGUGGUGUAAACGAGCAUUUCCGUGACUGUGGCACCAACUGUGAGCCCACCUGCACCAACUACCAAAACACCCCUCCCUAUUGCAACAACAAAUACAACUGCAAAAGGGGCUGUUUCUGUGACUUCGGCUUCGUUAGGGAUAUGUCCCAAAACGGCACCUGUGUUCCCGUCGAUAAGUGCCCCCAAAAGUGCGGUCCGAACGAGUACUUCGAGGAGGCGGGUACUCCCUGUGUACGAACAGCAGCCAAUCCUAGGCCUAAAUGUCUGGACGAGCCGACAGUACCCGCCUGUGUCUGUAAUACUGGUUUCAGACGAAAUCAAUCGACGGGACAAUGCGAACAACUGUCCUCUCAUGUGGAGAGUUGUGGUGGGAAUGAGACGUUCAGUCACUGCGGGACAGAAUGUGCGCGAAAGUGCUUCGAUGAGACCAAACGCCAGUUCUGUCCCACCAUUUGCCUCAGGGGUUGCUUUUGCAACGAGGGGUACGUCCGCGACAGUCAUAACCAGAAGUGUGUUUUGUCCACAGAUUGCUACGUCUGGCGCCCAGAAAACCGUAAACGUCGGACACCUAAUAAUAUACCAAAUAGACUCUCACUUAGUGAUGACUUUUAUGCCUCCUAAUAGACCCGUACCUAUCAAACAAAUUAGACAUAUUGAUCAUAAACCAACCACCUAGGUGGUUA